GCUAGCCCAUCUGUAAUUAGACAUCUCUGAGCUGCUGAACCGAAUUGAUUCUAUUGCCACUUGUAUGUAUGCCAUCAUCAGCUCUUCAUUAUUACAUACACCUGAGAUUGAACAUGGAUCCAGGGUGGCGUGGCAUCAAGGUUAUUCUUUCUGAUGCUAAUGUGCCGGGUGAGGGAGAGCACAAGAUAAUGUCGUACAUUCGCUUGCAAAGAAAUCUACUAGGGUUUGACCCAAAUACACAACAUUGCUUGUAUGGGUUGGAUGUUGACUUGAUCAUGCUAGCACUGGCUACACAUGAAGUGCAUUUUGCAAUUCUUAGAGAGAGAAUAUCAAAAUGGGAGCUGAUCGAGGUUGAUCCGUUGCCAAUUACUCAAUCUGAUAAUAGAUGCAAGGGCCGAUGUCGGCCUCAUGGGACUAAUUCAUUACCAAAAGGUAUAAUCCGUGAGACCUCCAACUUAGAGAUGCGACCAUUAUGGGGUUUCCCAAAGAAAAAGGGGAAUGCGAAAGCUUCGAAUAACUUACUGGCCAUUGCAGUUGGAAUAAAACAAAAAGGAAAUAUGAACUAGAUUGUUGAAAAGGUAUGUAAAGCUUCAAGAGCUUUUCUCUAAGAGUACAAGUAUAUGCAAAAUAACAAUCCACUUAGAU